AUGCGCCUCCUCGCAACCCUCGCCCUCGCGGCGACAUCAGCAUCCGCCGCCUCCCUAACCCUCUCGAUCCCCUCCUCCCAAGCCCUCCCGAACCCCUACAUCCUCCCGCCGUCAACCCACGCGACGCUCUCCUCCCUCGGCGCCACCUUCUCCGCGCCCCUGUCCGUAAAAAACACGUUCGUCUUCCACAACCUCACCGGCGGCGGCAGCGGCAGCGGCAGCGCGGGCUCCUCCUACCUCGUCGACAUCCACUGCGCGACCCACGCCUUCGCGCCCCUGAGACUCGAUGUCGAUGCCGAGGGCGGGUUGGCGGCGUGGGAGACGUACCGCGGUAACGAUUGGGAUAACAAGGGCGAGGCGUAUGCGGCCAAGGAGUUUGAGGGCGGUGCGAAGGGGUUUGAGGUCAGGGUGUUGGGGCAGAAGAAUUAUUUUGUGGAGAGGAGCAAGUUCUCCAUCCUCACCAUCCUCAAGAACCCCAUGAUCCUCCUCGGCCUCAUCAGCAUGGGCAUCUUCCUCGGCAUGCCCUACCUCAUGGACAACAUGGACCCCGAAAUGCGCGCCGAGUUCGAAGAACGCCAAAAGAGCAACCCGAUGAACUCCCUCCUCGGCGGCGGCGGCGGGGGCGGCGACGCGAACCCCAUGGCCAACUUUGACAUGGCGGGCUUCCUCGCCGGCACCGGCGGCAGCAGCAAGAAGGAAGAGUCUUCCGGUUCUGGUGCCUCGAGUGGUGGAGCUGGUGGGAAGAAGGAGAAGGGCGUGCGGAGGUAA